AAUUCCGAAAAGGUUCACUUAGAAUUCGUUUACCGUAAUUUUCCGGUACUUUAGGGUUUCGAAUCAGUAGUAUUUCCCUCUCUUUUCCAUGUCUAAAUCUCACACAUCGGAACCCUAAUUGAGAUUACAAUCCCCAUAUGGAGGGUGGCGGAGAACCGGCGGUAGGGAGGACUACGACGUCGACGUCGUAUGAGGCGGCGGCCGGACGGCGGCGUUUCACGGUGGAGCUCCGGCCAGGAGAAACAACAAUUGUGUCGUGGAAGAAGCUUCUCAAGGACGCUACUAAUAAGUCAAAUAAUAUUACUAAUGGUUCAAAGAUUGCUGCUGCUAGUAUUCAAUCUUCCUUACCGCAUCCUUCUUCUCUCGAGACGAAAUUAGCUCCGGGACAACCUGCUGAUAAGGAAGUCAAGGAUGCACCUCCUGGAAAUCGUUUAAAUGCUGUGAUAGAAAAGAUUGAGAGCCUAUAUGUGGGCAAACACAGUGAUGAUGAGGAAGAUCUUAAUGAUUUCCCAGAUGACGAUGAAUACGACACUGAAGAUUCUUUCAUAGAUGAUACAGAGCUGGAUGAAUAUUUUCAGGUUGAUAACUCAGCGAUAAAGCAUGAUGGUUUCUUUGUCAACCGCGGAAAGUUGGAGCGCGUUGAACCAGUUUCACCAAAGAACCAGCAACCAAAAAAGAGGAGAAGAAAAGAUCUGGCGAAAAGCCAUGUUGGGAAAGAUGAGGGACAUAAUCCAAGUAAACCUGUAAAAGUAGGAAAAAAGGCUGGGAAACCAGUACCAGUUGUUAGUGAAACAUCUCAUCCAUCUCAUGGUGUUUCUUUGCAAAAUGUACCUCAUGAAGAAAAAUUCCUGAAUCAGUUGAAUGCUUCUGAAAUACCAAUAACAAAGAUAGCUUCAGAUACCCAAAAUAUGUUGGAGUUAUCUCCAUCAGCAUCAUUGCGUGGCGAUUCUGCACAAGAAAAAGACCUUGACCAGCAGAAAAUUGGAGUUAUCCAAUCCAAGAAUCUAGUUGACAAAUUAAAAGAUGGUUCUGAAAUAUCUGGGAAUUCUACUCAGAGGCUUCAUGACAAAAGUUCUUAUGCUCAAGAGAAAUCUAGUGUUGGAAGAUCAGUAAACAUUUCUGAAGGAGUAGACCAUACUGUUCAGCGACGUGAUGAAAAGCUUAAUGUCAGUGGCUUUGAGGGCAAGAACUCAGUUCAGACUACGAAAGUUGCUGCCAUGCAGAGAAAGGAAGGAUCUAGUGGUAGACCAAAAGUUACAAUGCUUGAGAAGGCCAUCAGGGAUUUGGAGAAGAUUGUUGCAGAAUUAAGGCCACCAACUAUGGAGGUUCAGGAUGCGGAUAAUUCAUCUCAGGCUAUCAAAAGGAGGUUACCACCUGAAAUAAAGCAGAAACUGGCUAAAGUUGCCAGAUUGGCGCAGGCUAGUCAUGGAAAAAUAUCCAAUGAGUUAAUUAAUCGUUUAAUGAGUAUUGUCGGCCACUUGAUACAGCUUCGCACUUUGAAGAGGAAUUUGAAAAUCAUGGUCAAUAUGGGGCUGUCAGCAAAACAAGAGAAAGAUAACAGGGUUCAGCACAUAAAGAGGGAGGUCGCUGAGAUGAUUAAGUUGAAGAUUCCAUUGAUGAAAUCAAAGUUACUUGAACAACAAGCUGGAUCUUCUGAUGACUUCCAAGAAGCAAGUGCUGAAGAGAAAGAAGCCUUUAAGAGAAAAUACAGCAUGGAUGUUGCAUUAGAAGACAAAAUAUGUGACCUUUAUGAUCAUUUUGUUGAGGGCCUGGAUGAAGAUGCUGGUCCACAAGUCAGAAAGUUGUAUGCAGAGCUUGCAGGAUUUUGGCCAAAUGGAUUUAUGGACAAUCAUGGUAUUAAACGUGCUAUAUGUAGAGCAAAAGAUAGAAGGAGAGCAUUGAACGCACGUCGUAAGGAUGGAGAGAAAAUUAGGAGGAACAAGUUAUUGGCCACAAAGGCAGAGGAUACUAGUAGAGUAGACGCUGGACCUAUUGCUCAGUCGGUGCAUAUCCAAGAAAAGAUUGUUGUUGAUCAUUCUUCAACUUCAGCAAACAAGCCAGUAUCCAAUGCUGCAGCAGUAAAUGCUUCUGCGCGAGUGCCUGUUUCCCUAGCUAAUGGUUCUGAUGUGGAUCGUCUAAAGCAGGAGAAACUAAAGGGAGUUUCUGGAAGCUCUGUUGAUCCACGAGCUGCAGAUGCGCUGCCGAAAAAGAAAAUCAAGAGGAAACAGGAGUUGGAAUUGGGUGAAAAUCAGUUCCAUGCCGGGAAGUUGACUUCCGCGCAGGCAGAGGAGAAGAACAAAACCAACAAGCAUACUGCUUGUCCUCCUCCAAAACCAAAUAAUGUUGCACCCUCAAGCUUUGAACAGCAGCUGCCAUGAUGUAAGUUCUGCCUCUAGCGGCUGCAGUAAUUGCCGCACUUUUUUAGUUCUGUAAGUAUAUAGUUGUUAACAUGGCGCAUUACCGAUAAGAAACCGAGUUUCUUAUUUUGAAGUUAGAAAAUUGAUUUCUUAUUGGCACUGGCAGCUAGGCUCUCUUUUGGGGCAUUUUGAUGCUAGUUUUUGUGGCCUGGAAAUUACUCUCUUCCAUAGUUCAUUCUGUACAAGCUAAAAUUCCAUAGUUUGUUCUAAGUGAGUGUGAUCUAACAUUUACCCUGGUUGGAUAUAACACAAAUACAAUAUUUUCUAGAAUAAGCAAAAUUGUUCUCGUCA